AUGAUAAUAUAUGAAUAUAUGCCCAACAAAAGUUUAGAUUUCUUUGUAUUUGAUGAAAACAGAAAGGCAGAGUUGGAUUGGCCUAAGCGAUUUAUCAUUAUUGAAGGAAUUGCUCAAGGGUUGUUGUACUUGCAUAAGUACUCAAGAAUGAAAGUUAUUCAUAGAGAUCUAAAAGCUAAUAACAUUCUUUUAGAUGAGAGGAUGAACCCUAAGAUUUCCGAUUUUGGUAUGGCAAGAAUAUGCAAUCAAAAUGAGACCGAGGCAAUGACUAACCGGGUGGUUGGAACAUAUGGUUAUAUGUCUCCUGAGUACGCAAUGAGGGGGGUUUUCUCAAUCAAGUCUGAUAUCUUCAGCUUUGGAGUCUUGAUCCUGGAAAUCGUCAGUGGAAGAAGAAAUAGUAGCUUCGUCCAUCUUGAUGACACAUAUAGUCUUAUUGGAUACGCAUGGGUGCUAUGGCAACAAGGGGAUACGUUGGAAUUGAAGGACCCCUCACUCGGAAAUACUUGUGAUGCACAACAGUUCUUGAGAAUUGUUCAUGUUGCCCUUCUCUGUGUACAAGAGAAUGCAACAGAUAGGCCAACAACAUCCGAGAUGAUCUCCAUGCUUCUCAAUGAGUCCAUAUCAUUACCCACUCCAAACAGACCAACAUUUCUGAUAGGUGGAGGGGACUCAAAGUCAACCUCAUAUGAAAGCAAAACAAAAGAUUUAUCUGUGAAUAAUGUGACUAUUUCUGUUGUGGAGGGUCGAUAGGGUAUGAUCGUAGCUGCAGCAUAUCUUUCCUUGUGAAAAAUCUGUUGUACUAUAAUUUAUAUUCAUUCACUUUUGAAGGAGGUGCAAAUCCAUUUUUUCAUACUUGUUAUAUGCAUGCAGAAUUGCCACUUUAGAAUAUAAAGUACCUCUUUACAAGUCUA